AAAUAUCCAUUCAUACAUAAACUCUAGCAAAAUUAUACUCAUUUGCAUAAUAAUCAUACAAAGUCAUUGAAUCAUAAAAAAAAAAUAUGAUGGUGAUUCUCACAAUCCUUUUGGUUAUCCUUGUUACUCUAUUUAUUAAAGUUUGUUAUGACACAAUUUCAUGUUAUUGGCUCAAUCCAUUACGCAUCAAGAAGAUUAUGGAGAAGCAAGGUGUGUUUGGCCCAAAACCACGUUUUCUAAUAGGCAACCUUAAUGACAUAUCCUCUUUUGUUUCAAAAGCUACUUGUGAAGAUAUGAAAACCAUCAACCAUGACAUUGUUGGUCGCCUUUUGCCUCAUUUUGUUGCUUGGUCCAACCAAUACGGAAAGAGAUUCAUAUAUUGGAAUGGAAUAGAGGGAAGGAUGUGCCUAACAGAAAUAGGAUUAAUAAAAGAGUUUCUAUCAAAGUGUAGUACAAUAUCUGGAAAAUCAUGGCAACAACAACAAGGGUCCAAACAUUUUAUUGGGAAAGGUUUGUUGAUGACAAAUGGUGAAGAUUGGUACCACCAACGUCACCUUGUUUCCCCUGCAUUCAUGGGAGAAAGACUUAAGAGCUAUGGUGGACACAUGGUGGAAUGCACUAAGGAAAUGGUUGAAUCAUUGGAAAAUGCAAUAUUGGAAAGUGGUAAAAAUGAAGUGGAGAUUGGAGAGUAUUUCACUAAACUCACUGCAGAUAUUAUCUCAAGAACUGAAUUUGGUACAAACUACAAAAAGGGAAACCAAAUAUUCAAUCUCCUCACACAAUUACAAUCUCUUUGUGCUCAAUCAACUCGCAAACUUUGUCUUCCUGGAAGCAGGUUUUUUCCUAGUACUUACAAUAGAGAGAUUAAGUCAUUGAAGAUGGAAGUGGAGAGACUCUUGAUGGAAAUAAUACAAAGUAGAAAGGAUUGUGUGGAGAUGGGAAGAAGCAAUUCUUAUGGAAAUGAUUUGUUGGGUAUGCUAUUAGAUGAGAUCCAAAAGAGUGGUACCUUAAACCUUCAACUUGUUAUGGAUGAAUGCAAAACAUUCUUUUUUGCUGGACAUGAAACAAUUGCACUCUUACUCACAUGGACAGCUAUGUUGUUAGCAAGCAAUCCAAUUUGGCAAGACAAAGUGAGAAUUGAGGUCAAAGAACUCUUCAAUCAAGGGGUACCUUCUAUUGAUCAACUCUCCAAACUCAAUGUGUUGCAUAUGGUAAUCAAUGAGUCAUUGAGGCUAUAUCCUCCAGCAACAUUGCUCCCUAGAAUGGCCUUUCAAGACAUUGUACUAGGUGACCUUUAUAUUCCUAAAGGAUUAUCAAUUUGGAUUCCAGUGUUGGCUAUUCAUCAUAGUGAAGAAUUAUGGGGUAAAGAUGCAAAUGAAUUCAAUCCUCAAAGAUUUGCUUCAAAAUCAUUCAUGUCAGGUUGUUUCAUACCAUUUGCUUUUGGCCCAAGAAAUUGUGUUGGACAAUCAUUUGCAAUUAUGGAAGCUAAGAUUAUAUUGACAAUGUUGAUAUCUAAGUUUAGAUUCAACAUUUCAGAGAAUUAUAAGCAUGCACCAAUCACUGUCCUCACAAUUAAGCCUAAAUAUGGUGUUCAAAUUUGUUUGAAGGCCUUAGAUAUAUAAUAAAUACCAUCAAUUUUUGAACUAUUGAGACUAGAGUUCUUUCAUAAGGGAAUUUUGCUUAGCAUUUUAUGGUCUUUGUCAAUCCUUCUUUUAGACAACACUUUAAAUAUGUUUAAAAAAUUGUUCUUAGAAA